GAGACCUGGACGAUGGAGAGGGAAGAGACAGUAGCUAAGGAUCCAGGGCCACAAGCCGGCUAUUCAUUGUUCUUCAAAGAGAAAAUCAAAGAAGAAACACGGAAAGAAAUGGCUGAUUCUCCAUUAAUCAUGUCCCAGAUAAAGAAAAACACAUUGCAGUUCACCAGACGCAGAGGCUAGUCAAGUCAAUGCAUUAACAGAAGCUCUGGAGCCUCAGAUGUGGUUUCAUGUUUUCAUGAUCAAAUAUAUCCUUAUGAACUGUUCCACUACCCAAACCCAAAAUACCUGUGUUAUUUCCUAUGAUGUUUUGCUGGAGCAGAUGUACAUGAAAGAGUGUUGAAGCUGCCAUAUUAAAGAAUGCCACAGCAGACAUGUGAAAGAAUGUUUCACUUAAGCACAUAGCGUCUGUUGACAUUUGGGGAUGUGGCUGUUGACUUCCCCCAGGAGGAGUGGGAAUGCCUGGACUCUGCUCAGAGGGCUUUGUAUAUUGAUGUGAUGUUGGAGAAUUACAGCAACCUGGUCUCUGUGGAGAACUACUGCAUAUGUGAAACUGUCCAUCAACAUGUGAAGACUGAAAAGGAGUCUUGUCAGUGUAAUGAGCUUGGUGAAAUGCUUCGUGGUCCCUCCAACUGUGCACUUUAUAAAAGAAGUGACGCUAUAGAAACCUCUAAUAACUACAGAUGCUGUAAGGACAGGGGUGCCUCUGUUGACUCAUCAGAGCCAGGUCAACAUACAAGCACGCACACUGGAGAAGAACCUUGUGAAUCUAAAAACUGUGAGAAAUCUUUCAAUUUGUGUUCCAACAUUAGUCAAGAUGCAAACAAGCUGCAGAGUCAGGGAAAAUAUGAUGAAUUCAGCUCUGCAUACAGUCUCAUGCAACAAACAAUCUACAUUGGAGAUACACCACACCAAUGUGAGAAAUGCAGGAAAUGCUUCAGUACCGCCUCAAGCCUCACUGUACACCAGAGAAUUCAUACUGGAAAGAAACCAUACAAGUGCAAUGUUUGUCACAAAUCCUUUACCCAGUGCACCAAUCUUAAAACACAUCAAAGACUUCACACUGGCGAGAAGCCUUACAAAUGCAAAGAUUGUGGCAAGUCAUUUCCUCAGUUGUCAGCACUUAAGAGCCAUCAGAAAAUGCAUACUGGAGAGAGACCCUAUAAAUGUAAAGAGUGUGACAAAUCCUUUGCUCACUGUUCCAGUUUCAGGAGACAUCAGAAAAUCCAUAGUGCUGAGGAAUAUUAUACUUGUCAACAAUGUGGCAAGGUCUUACAUCAGCUUUCACACCUUAGAAGCCAUCACAGACUCCAUACUGGAGAGAAGCCUUACAAAUGCAGUGAGUGUGACAGAUCCUUUACCCACUAUGCUUCCUACAGAAGGCAUCAGAAAACUCAUUCUCUAGAGAAAUUUUACAAAUGCAAAGAAUGUGGUAAGUCCUUUCUUGAAUUGUCACAUCUUAAAAGGCAUUACAGAAUCCACACUGGUGAAAAGCCUUACAAAUGUGAGGUAUGUGAUAAAUCCUUUACUGUUAAUUCUACUCUUAAAACACAUCAGAAAAUUCAUACUGGAGAGAAACCUUUUAAAUGUAGGGAAUGUGAUAAAUCUUUUACCAAGUGCUCACAUCUUCGAAGACAUCAGAGUGUUCAUACUGGAGAGAGACCUUACAAAUGUAAGGAAUGUGACAAAUCUUUUACUGAGUGUUCAACUCUUAGAGCACAUCAGAAAAUUCAUACUGGAGAGAAACCUUACAAAUGUAGAGAAUGUAACAAAUCCUUUAUCCAGCGUUCAAAUCUUAGAAUACAUCAGAGAGUUCAUACGGGAGAGAGACCUUACGUAUGUAAAGAAUGUGGCAAAUCUUUUACUAAGUGUUCAACUCUUCAAACACAUCAAAAAAUUCAUACUGGAGAGAAACCUUACAAAUGUAGGGAAUGCAACAAAUCCUUUACCCAGGACUCACAUCUUAGAACACAUCAGAGAGUUCAUACUGGAGAGAGACCUUACAUAUGUAAGGAAUGUGGCAAAUCUUUUACUAGGUGUUCAUAUCUUAGAGCACAUCAGAAAAUUCAUACUGGAGAGAAACCGUACAAAUGCAAAGACUGUGACGUAUCCUUUAUGCAGAUUUCAAAUCUGAGAAGACAUCAGAGGGUUCAUACUGGAGAAAAACUAUUGUAACUAUUGUGACAUAGCAUUUAUCUGAUAUUCCUUGCUUACAAAUCACAACAGUAUAAGUAAUAGAAACAUAAAAAUAACAAGUUCUGAAUGCCUUUAAUGAGCAUUUAAAACUUUAAAAUAAAUAAGAGUUUAUUUUAACAUAAAAUUCUGCAAUUAUAACUGUGGGAAAAGUUCUUGUGUAUGUUUGCCAGGACUGCAAGUUUGUUCUGUGCACUACAUGUAUGCCUGGUACAGGUAGAAGCCAGAAGAGAGCAUCUGAUCCCCUGAAGUUGGCAGUAUACCUAGUUGUGUGUCGCUAUAUUUAUGUUGGAAAUUGAACUCCCGUUCCCUCUAAGAGCAACCAGUGCUUUUUUUUUAAUUAGAUAUAGCUCUUUAUUUAUAUUUCAAAUGUUAUUAUUCCCUUUCCAGGUUUCCUGUCCAUAAGCCCCAUCCCCUCCCCCAUUCUGGUGUUCCCCCCACUACUGCCACCCCCUCCCCAACAUUCCCCUGCAUAGGGGGUCCAACCUUGGCAGGACCAAGGACUUCCCCUUCCACUGGUGCCUCAACAAGGCUAUUCUCUGCUACUUAUACAGUUGGAGCCCUGGGUCAGUUCAUGUGUAGUCUUUCUGUAGUGGUUUAUUCCCUGGAAGCUCUGGUUGGUUGACAUUGUUGUUCUUUUGGGGUUGCAAGCCCCUUCAGCUCUUUUAGUCCUUCCUCUAAUUCCCCAAAGGGGGUCAUGUUCUCAGUUCAGUGAUUUGCUGCUAGCAUUGCAUUUACCUCAGUAUUUGACAUGCUCUGGUUGUGUCUCUCAGGAGAGAUCUAUAUCUCAUCUCUUUCAGCAUGCACUUUUUAGCUUCAUCAAUCUUAUCUAGUUUUGGUGGCUGUUAUAUAUAUGGGUCACAUGUGGGGCAGGUUUUGAAUGUUCAUUCCUUCAGUCUCUGCUCUAAACUUUGCCUCCAUAUCCCUUCCUAUGGAUAUUUUUGUUCUCGUUUUUGAGAAGGAGUGGGAGCAUCCACAUUUUUUUCAUCCUUCUUCUUGAGCUUCCUGUGGUCUGUUUGCAUUUUGGGUAAUUUGAACUUUUGGGCUAAUAUCCACUUAUCAACGAGUGCAUACCAAGUAUGUUUUUCUGGGAUUGCAACCAGUGCUCUUAACCAGUGAGUUUUUCUCUCCCAUCCCAGGGAAAAGCUAUAACAAAAACAGUUAUCUUAUUUAACAUCUAACCAUUCCUAAUAAUGCCAGGUAAGAUGGUGCAUGCCUUUAAUUGUAGCACUUAGAAGAUACAGCCAAGCAGAUCACUGUGAGUACUUGUCUACAUAGUGAGUUCUAGCACUGUCAGGAGUACAGAGACCCUGUCUCAAAAAAAGAAAAAAAGGUAAAUAAGAACAACAUAUAAUAACAUAAAAAUCUGGCAAAGACGUGUAAUUAAAAUGAAUGUCAGAAAGUAUAUAUUUCUGAGAAACCAUGCUAAAGUAUACCUUAUAUAUUCCCCAUGUCUCUUUGGAAAUUACAUCACCAACAAUUGUUUUGAAUUUGACAAAUGCUUUACAAAAUAGUGCUAAAAUUGCAGAGAUAAAAGGAAAUUCAUCAUGAAAGUCA